AUGGCGUCCUCAUGUACGCUAUCCCCCGCCAUAAUCCCUUCUCAGCUGUGCUCGAGCAAGAAUGGGGUGAACUCGGUCUCGAACGUCGCGCUCCCGAGAUUCGGUAGCGGCAAGAGGAUGAAGGUUUCGUGCAUGGCGACGAGCGUGCCGGCCGAUCGUGUGCCCGACAUGGGAAAGAGGCAGCUCAUGAAUUUGCUGCUAUUGGGCGCCAUAUCUCUUCCCUCUGCUGGCAUGUUGUUGCCUUACACUUACUUCUUUGUUCCUCCAGGUGGUGGUGGGUCCGGUGGAGGUACCGUAGCAAAAGAUGCUUUAGGUAAUGAUGUUAUUGCCGAGCAAUGGCUCAAGAACCAUGGACCAGGUGAUCGGACCCUUACGCAGGGACUAAAGGGUGAUCCCACGUACCUCGUUGUGGAGAAUGACAAAACACUUGCGACGUACGGUAUAAAUGCCGUGUGUACCCAUCUCGGCUGUGUCGUCCCAUGGAAUGCGGCUGAAAACAAGUUUAUUUGCCCCUGCCAUGGAUCUCAGUACAACAAUCAAGGAAGAGUUGUUAGGGGACCUGCUCCUUUGUCCUUGGCGUUGGCUCAUGCCGAUAUUGAUGAUGGUAAGGUCGUUUUUGUCCCGUGGGUCGAGACAGAUUUCAGAACUGGUGAGAACCCAUGGUGGUCGUAA